UGCUGCUGCACGCACAGAUAGUGUCGCUCUGACGCAAUCAGAAGGUGCCGGAGAGUCCGGAACACGUGGGACUGGAGGAGGCGGCGGGGAAACAUGGCUUCCCAGGAUGCUGCCGUGCUGCUGGCCCAGAGACUGGCGGGGAACGAUAAGAAGACUCGGGACCGGGCUCUGCGCAAACUGCGGAACUACCUGAGAGUGAGGAGCGCGUCUGACUCCGGAGGAUUCACAGAGGAGGAAUUUAUCAAGAUCUGGAAGGGGCUGUUCUACUGUAUGUGGAUGCAGGAUAAACCAUUAUUGCAGGAGGCUUUGGCACAAUCCAUGUCCCAGCUGGUUCACACGCUGCACACACAGGAAUCACAGAACCUUUUCCUGCGCACGUUUUGGCAGACGCUGAGCCGGGAAUGGAACGGGAUUGAUCGGCUGCGGCUGGACAAGUUCUACACGUUAAUGCGGAUGGUGUUGCGGGAGUCAGUGGAGCUUCUGAAGAAAGCUGAAUGGGAGGAGAGCUCUGUGCAGGAGUUCCUGGCGCUGCUGAAUGAAGAGGUGCUGAAGGGGGCAACUCUGGGGGUGCAGCUCCAUCUCAUAGACAUUUACCUGGAAGAGGUGGCUAAAGUAGGAGCAGCAGAGCUCACUGCGGAAAUGAACCUCAAGCUGAUUGAGCCCUUCUGUAAGAUCGUAGCCAAAAGCAAGAAUUACUCCUUCCUGCAGGCCGUUACCUCGGGGAUAUUCCAGACUAUUCUGGAGCAGGCUCCCUUCGCUAUAGAAGAUUUAAUGAAGGAAAUUGAUUCCAACCCCGAGGGCAAAGAGGGAGGUUCCGCAGGGGAGGAGUCAGGAGAGAAGUCAGAAUCAGAAGACAAAGAGUCCCAAGAACAGGACAAUGAGGACAUUGGGCCAGUACUGCAGUUUGAUUACCAGGCAGUGGCAGACAGACUCUUCGCUCUCGGAAGCAGAAAGAACUUGCCCACUCGGAACCGCAAAGCAGCAUAUGCCCUGGUGAAAAAGUUCCGGGACUUGGCUGAAGGGAUCUUCCCCAGCGAGGACUUCCCGGAGGAGGUUUCCACGGACGAGGAUGAUGAUGAUUACAGCAGCUGGCUGUUCCGCAAGAGGAUGAAGAGGGCGCAAGAGAAUGGGUCCUAUGGAAUAGUAUCCCGACUUUCCGACGGUAACGCAGUCAAGGAAAAAAAACGGGAGAAGCGGAAGCGAGUGGGCGUGGCCCCGGACGAGUCCAAAUUAAAAAAUGGCCCCCCUGCAGCAAAAAAGAAACGUAAGAGGAGGAAGACGGAUGAAAACAACAACACCCCGAGCCAGGAACAAGCCCCCCAACCUUCCCAAAAUGGCGUGGCCCAAAGCUGCUGUACAGAAAAUCACAGUGAACAGAAGGGGUCGCCCCAACCUGCCCCGACCCCCUCACCAGACUGUACCCCAACCCUCUCAAAGAAACCCCCCGGGAAGAGGAGAAGGGCUGGGCUGAUCCGAACCAGCCUCCGUAUUCUGCCCCUGACUGGGUCCUUACUGAGGAGGAGGCAACUCCGGCUGCUCAGGAGCAAGUGCAAGAUUUCCCAGCAGCCAAUGGGAUCCUCUACUCCAGAACCAGAGGAAAGGCCGCUCGCUCCCCGGAAGGAAGUGACGUCGACUCCCCAAAACUUCAUGUCUUUCCAGAAGGCAAAUUCCCCCAAACCUGUAUAUGUGAAGCCGGCAAAGGCCAGGGGCAGGCAGGUUCCCACCAAGAUGGGCGGCAAAUCCAAGAAAGUCACUUUCAGCCUGAACAAGAACAUGACCGCCGAGUUCAAGAGGACAGACCGCAGCCUCCUUGUCAGCCCGACCGGUUCCUCCCGAGUCCCAUUUAACCCGGAGCAGAGACCAGAUCACGGCGUCCUGAAAACUCCCACGUCAAGUCCCGCCCCCCGGGCCCGCGCCGCAGACUUUUUCUGAGUGUUGCCCCGCCCCUAGCGCACAGUGAAUGUGGUGCCUUGUGGUUCUGUUCAGUGGAUCCAACCCAACUCACCAGCAGCAGGAGCAGAAUAUGCUGUGUCCCCGCCAGCCGGGGACCCAAGGAAGCUGCUGGGCUGUACCAUUAUUCCCAGGGCCGUACCAUUGUUCCCAGGGCCGUACCAUUGUUCCCAGGGCCGUACCAUUGUUCCCAGGGCCGUACCAUUGUUCCCAGGGCCGUACCAUUGUUCCCAGGGCCGUACCAUUGUUCCCAGGGCCGUACCAUUGUUCCCAGGGCCGUACCAUUGUUCCCAGGGCCGUACCAUUGUUCCCAGGGCCGUACCAUUAUUCCCAAGGCCGUACCAUUAUUCCCAGGGCCGUACCAUUAUUCCCAGGGCCGUACCAUUAUUCCCAAGGCCCUCACUGAAUGUGACUUUAUUCAAAAGCCGAGGGAGGAGGGGUCUUUUAAUGGGCAGGAAGGAGAGAUUUAUAUUUUUAUUUAAUGGUUGAGAAGGGGUUAAACUGGUAUUAAUGAGAUCGGUCUGUGUUGUAUAA